AUGGACGAAGAGCGACUACCUAAACGACUCUUCUUUGGAGACGCCGCGACGGGUUCUCGCCGCCAAGGAGGCCGAAUUCGCCGAUACAAGUAUACUCUGAAGUCCUCCCUGAAGCACCUGCAGAUCAACCCGUCCAACUGGGAAGAGCUCGCACUCGACCGACCGACCUGGAAGAGGAUAGUGGAGAUAAAUGCUGCGAUCUACGAAGCCAACUGCAUCGCUGCCGCCAAAGUGAAGUGCGAAGCCCGGAAGUCACAACUUCGCCCAGAACGCAACGCCGACGCACAACCGCUUCCAACGUGUCCUCGAUGUCAACGGACAUUCCGGACACGAAUCCGACUUGUUGGACAUCUUCGGAUCAACUGAGCCUCUCGAACUGCACCAACCAUCGUCGCCCCACCCGCAUCUUCCUCGUCCUCUCUGCCGCCAACUAACUCUGACAAUUCUUGUGAACCACCACUUCCUUCCUUCCUCCACCAACUCCUCCGCCUCCUCCUCCUCCUCCUCCUCCUCCUCCUCCACCUGCACCACACCAACGAUGGCCGCUCAGGCGGGGUCUUACACACCACCAACCCUGACACAACGACCGACACCACCCCCACUGCCUCCGACUACAGCGAUUACGGUCAGGACUGCUCCUGUCCUCAAUGCGACCGCGCCCUCACCUCACACAUCAACCUGGUCGGUCACUUGCGAAUCCAUCACACAGAGACUGGCGAACCAGCGCCUGGAGCACCAACCUACACCCACCAAACUCGACUCAGUUGUUCACACUGUCCUCGCACUUUCAGGCAUCGCAUAG